AUGUAUCGCAAACGCAACGGCUCUCUCGGCUUCUCCUUCACGCGCUUCGCCAACGCCGCGGUGCCGAACUUCUUCGCCGACCCGACGCCCUCUUAUCACGUCGACUUGACAGGCUACCGCCGCGACAUGUGCUACAUGCACCAGAUCGCGUCUGCGGACCCGUACUCCCUGGACGAGCGAUCCUUCUACGUCGCCGGGGUGGUCGACUCGGAGAGCGUCUCCAAGCGAGUGCACGCCAAGCUCAAGAAACAUGAAAUUCUGCGCGAGGACGGCAGCGUCGACACAUUCAAGAUUGGACCGCGGUUUCCGCAUCAGCUGGCGCUGCUGAAUCUCAACAGGCAGAAAGAUCUGGUGGGCAUGCUAUUCUGGUGGGAGGAGGAGUGUCAGCGCUUGCGGAAAUUGCAGGCCGAGGAGAAAGAACUCGACAGUUUGAUCGAGGAGGCGGAAGGGAAGGUGGCGGCAAUGGCCACGGGGACCGAGGAUGAUAGCCCGGAGAGGUCGUCGGCGGAUCUCAAGGGAACGGUGGACCAGUUGAAAUUCGCGAGGGAGAGGGUCCGGAUGAAGCGGAGGCAGAGACCCAGUCAGCGGGACCCGGAUGUCGAGGCGGAUAAGGACGAUAUCUUGGGAGCGUUCCACGGACGGAGUAAGAGCUUGCCGAAUCCUAUCGUGGGUGCUGGUGUUGGUGAUGGAAUCGGUGGGGUAAGUGGUACGAAUGGAGAAGUCAAUCCGGCACAGGGGCAACAGCUGCAACAGCAGCAGCAGCAGCAGCAUCAGCAGCAGGAUCUGGGGAGACCGCCGCAGUAUUUCGCCAGUUCUUGA